CCUCACAUCCCUUGACAACAUCACUACGACUACCAACGCGCCGCAAGGCUGUGUGCCUUCAAAAGCCGCCUGCAAUCAUCAUGGCUGUCAAGUAUGUCUUCUGUCUCUCUCACUAAUAUGCCUCUUCUUACUCCUGAAAAGUGCCCGGCUUGAGAAUCCGGCCCCUCUGGACUAUACGACUCCUUCCUUCCCGUCCCUCUAUUGGCCCUACAAGGCGGAACCAGGCGAGGCACAGUAUCUAUACUUUGCCUACGAUAUAUGGCGAUACACCCUACUAUGGACCGUCUUGUUAUUUGCCUUUUUCCAUUUGAUAGUCGCUGCAUGGGCCGUGAUAAUGCAAAUUGGGAAGACGAAGCAUGCCUGGAAAUACGUUUGGAUUAUACCGCUCUUUUAUGGUCUUCUCUCCGGCAUUGAAGCUGUUCUUGCAGGAAGUAUCACCGGAUUAAUGUCAGUCUAUACCUCCCUUGCUUGGCAAAGUUCACUUCUCCCAUAUGCGGACCAAUUGCUAACUCGGAUGUAGUCUGGGGGCUGUUUAUAAUGCCGGAUAUUUCAAAAUGUCGACAUGGAUACCUUUCGUUUGGGCAUUGAUCAAUGUUUUGAUUGUUAUUCUCUCGUCAUUCUCUAUCCAAGGUGGUCUAUGAAAAUGUCUUGAUGGGCUUCUCAUAGAUUACACGAGGGCCUCAGGACUACCAGAUCAGUAAAAAAGGCAUUAUUCGGAAGCAAGCUUCUCAUUCAAACUCUGUUUCUCAGGAACUCGUAUCCCAAUGGGGUUUAUACUGGUCCGAUUAUACUUGCAGCUGCAACCGCCACUUCAUCACUCAAGGCCUUUGAAUCCGGGUUUGGGUUUGGUACUUUCGGCUCGAUACUCCGAAGUAUACGUGCUGGGUUUCCUGCUAAAACACAAAAUCUUGGAACAUCUCCUGUGACCACACUACCUGCUCCAACGGUGCUUCCUCUUCCGAUGGUAGUACCCGGCAAAACAAUCGCGUUCCCACCAAGCCAACAAUCCUCCUCAAUAACAAUGGACAUUCCAUCUUCCGGGCCUUUGAUACCAUUUCGGAGGAACGGGUCGAUGGGGUGCUUUCCAGAAUAAAAGGAGCAAUUUGGUCCCAUCAUAGUACGAGCACCGAUGGUGAUUGGACAAGUAUCUAUGAAGGUCGCAUUGGAAUUGACAUAAACACCUUUACCAAGUCUAAGAAGAAUGAGCUUUUAACAAUGUUAAUAGUGACAUGGGAAUCCAUACUUUACGUUGAACCCAUAAUCAACUUUAGUAAUGGGGGCAUCAAUAUAGGGCUCAUCCUGCAAAAGGAUUUCGUCUUCUUCUUCAGUUGAUGCAGGAGGUGGUAGAGGCGUAUUGUCAUCAGCAAUACUAGGCACAAGUUAAGACGGAACAUUCAAACGGGUGGAAUUGACCAACGCUUUCCACAACUCGACGAGUUUUCGUCUCGAAGCUCCAUGGGCCGAAUUGAAGUCAUGAACA